CCCCCCCCCUCCCGUGACCCCAUGUGCGUGCAGGGCGCCGCGGUGGGUGCGCGUGGGGGAGCUGGUGGUGGGGUCGACGCGCGACAGCCAGCACGAGGACGUGGCGGUGGCGCAGGCGCUCCCGCACCCGGGCUACCGGCGCCCGCGCCUCUACCACGACAUCGCGCUGCUGCGCCUGGCGCGCCCGCUCGCCUUCCGCGAGAGCGUCCGCCCCGCGUGCCUCUACGAGCGCCGGCCCGCGCCCGCCACCAAGGCCGUCGCCACCGGCUGGGGCGCCACCGACCGAUUUAAUGUUCUCGAAAAAUCAAGGGAAUUGAUGAAGGUAGUCUUUCCGAUUCACGACACAGAAGUUUGCCAGAAAACGUAUCCCCCUGAUGAAAAACAACCCGAAGGCUUCUUGGGGGAAUCUAUGGUGUGCGCUGGUUCCUUGAAGUCGGACAAAGACACCUGCAAGGGCGACUCCGGGGGGCCUCUGCAGGUGCGCCUCGAGCAGCCCUACUGCAUGUACGGCCUGGUGGGCUUGACGUCGUUCGGCAAGCACUGCGGCUCCAAGAACCCGGCUGUCUACACGCGCGUGGCGCACUACGUGCCGUGGAUCGAGAGCGUCGUGUGGCCCGAGGAGCGGUAGCCCGCAAUUGCGCUUCACUCGCGUGGCACAUCUCUUCACGUCACUGCAGUGCCUCUGCCCGGUUGGGUCCUGAUUUCGAGUCCUGGCGGUGGCAGGAUUUUUUUCACUAGCUAAAUCGAAUUAAACCGCUGUCUGGAGAAGAGUUACGGCGGUUGCCUGCUGUGUCAGUUUUUCGUGGUUUCUCAGAUCAACACUAGGCGAAUGCCGUAGUGGUACAAUAACAAACGGGCCAUGGACUGCGCACGACCUUUUCCUCCUCUUCCUUAUCAUAUUCUCAACCUUUACUUACACACACGCACUUAUAUGAAUUACACUACCACAAAUGCUGGGAGACCAGUCGGGAGCUUAAAGCUCGUCUCGACUGAGUCAAUGCGCUAGCGGGAGAUACCUGGAUAGAAAAACUCCGCAAUCUGGCAUGUAUGGCGGCGCGUGAUAUCACUAUCCAGCGGGGAAAGGUCUCCGUCACCUCCCGUAAUAAAACAUUCACUACACUUACGAGUCUAAUGCUCUGAGCAGUGACGCGCCCGAAAACAUUAAUCAAUCAAUCAUUGUGACUCGUCUCCAACCUUGAUAAAUUCAACAUUGAUAUUUCGAAUAUUAAAGAAAGAAUUAUCUAAUAUUUUGACAAUUAAUCAGUAAAACGUUUUCCCCCCUUUGGCGUGGGAACGUUUGAAUUUCCCGAAAUGUUCUGACCUUGGCUGCUCUUUUCGGCCACCACAUGAUAUCAUUAACUUUCACAUUGUCCAACAACUCGUACCUCUUCCUUCCCCUUUUCUUCGUUCUCAGAUUGCGGCGUCAAAUCCCUCCUAUUAUUAACACUUUUUUCGUGACAGUUCUUUUUAAAUGAUAUUCGGUAUUGUCUCCCUUUCUCCACCAACCCUUGCCAGUACUUCUUUCUUUAGAAUUCCAUCAUCCCAGUAUUUCGUGGAAACGAAUUUGGAACAACGUAAGGCAAUUCUAAAUUCAUAAUGAAGGUAAAAAUGGGAAGAAUUAGAGAGAAAAAGAAUUGGUGGAUUUCAAGGUACUACUUCAGUGACUCAACUAAAAACAUGAACUCGAGAGAAAGCUUAAUUGAUAUGAACAAGGACACGUGAAUGUGAAGACUUAACUUGCAAGAAGCAUCGUGCGCUAUUAACAGCACUGUUAAAAAACAAUCCUUUCGUUCCAUUCACAGUUUCAAGGAAUUUCCGUUUUUAAUUUGCGCUUCAUAUACAAUGCACUGUAUUUAUUACAUUGAAUGGCAAAUUCACUCUCCGAGAAUACAGGGUUUUAUUUUAACAUUUUCACAGGUGAUUCUCGAUGCAAAAAGACCUACCAUCGUCAGUUACUUAAAAAGUAAAUUAUCUACCUUCAAUAUACGCUAUCUCCUCUUUACGGUGUUCCUGAGUAUAUUACAUACCUCGCACAGGAUUCUAUGAACCAGUAUAACUAAAAGCAGAGUCAGAGAACCGCACGGAAUUAUUUACAGAAUAUGAGCGAGAUUGAUGGGAAAUAUUCGUAGAGAUACGAAGCAGAAAAGGAGAAUUAAGGCGUUGGUGCAUACCCAGUUUUCAGAAGUGUCCUGCCUUCAUUCUGAUUACGUUUUAGACUUCAGGAAGUUUUUGACGAUAUUAUAGGGUACAGAGCUCUUGAGUUGCCUAACGCUUAGACGCCAGAUUUUUCUUUCUUACCUCCUAUUUUCUUUAUAGAAACAACUACUCCCCUACGUCUGCCAGUGUUUUUUCUGAAGUAUAUUAAGAAUCAUUCUGUAUGCAAUUGUGUUAAUAGUUAUUUCUUAUUGAAAAAUAAAAUAAAAUUGUUUUACCUGACAAAGA